AUUUUUUUUUCUAAAUAUUUAUAAAAUCCUUUCCUUAACGUUUUGUAAGAUGUCCAACAUAGAUUUUAAUAAUAAUCAUGUCUUAUCAAAUUUAGAUAGUUAUUUAGAAGAUAAAUCUUAUAUUGAAGGAUUUCGCCUAUCUCCUGUAGAUAUUAAGAUAUUUCAAGAAAUCAAAUCAGAACCUUUAACUACAUUACCUAAUUUAUAUAGAUGGUAUAAACAUAUUAAAUCUUAUCAAGACGAGUUUUCGAAACACCCUUCAAAUCAUGUUGCACUUGAAAAAUAUAAAGAAAUAUUUCAAUUAAAUUCUGCUGAAAAUAAUGGUAAAGUUGAAGAAGAAAUUGAUUUAUUUGGUAGUGAUGAAGAGGAAGACGAGGAAACAUUAAAACUUAAAGAACAAAGAUUGGCAAUGUAUGCUCAAAGGAAAUCCCAAAAAACUCAAAUUAUAGCCAAAUCUAGUAUAGUAUUAGAUGUAAAACCUUGGGAUACAGAUACUGAUAUGAAUAAAAUUGAUGAUAAAGUACGUUCUAUUAAAACUGAAGGCCUAGUUUGGGGAAAAUCACAAUUGGUUCCUUUGGCAUAUGGAAUUAAAAAAUUACAGAUUACAUGUGUUGUUGAAGAUGAUAAAGUUGGAACUGAUUACCUUGAAGAAAAAAUAACAGAAUUUGAAGACUUAGUGCAAUCAGUUGAUAUAGCUGCUUUUAAUAAAAUAUAAAUAUAUAUAAUAAUCUAUUAUGAAAAAUAAAAAAUUUUUAAUUUUAUACAUGAAUCUUAUGCCCUUUAUAUAAUAUUUAAAAUAAGUUAUGAUGGAUUAUCUAAGUUUAUAAUUAAUAAAAAAAUCACCAUUUUG